AUGUUGUCCGACCAGGAGCUGGCCCAGUACGUGGAGUCCCUCGUCCAGCACACCGCCGCGCAGGGCGGCACCGGGAUAUCGGCGGAUGCCGUGGUGCGCCAGCUCGGGGCGCAGCUCGGCGUCGACCUCUCCCCCAAGGCGCAGCUCAUCCGCAGCGUCCUCGUCGCGCUCCUCGGCCCCGCCGCCGCGCCGGCGCCAGAACCCGCCGCCUCGCGGAAGGACCCUUUCGACCCCGCAACCGCCGGCGGCGGCGGCGGCGGGGCCCGCUCCGAGGCUCCUGCGCAGCAGCUGCCCUUCUCCACCUCCGCCGCCGCCGCGUCGUCGGCCCCCGCCCCGCCCCCCGCCGUUCCCCACUUCUUCCCGCAGCAGCACCAGCACCAGAUGCAGUCUUUCCUCUCCGCCCCGCAGCAGUACCAGCACCAGCAGCACCAACGUUCCGGCGCGCCUCCCUCGCCGUUCGACGUCCCCGCGUCGUACCGCUACGGGCACCAGCCCUUCCCGCAGGCCGACCAGGCGCACCUGCAGAGGCUCGUCCAGCUACAGCAGCAGCAGGAGCAGCAACAGCAGUUGGCCGCCGCGGCGAGAGCGGCGGCUGCAGCGGCACCCACUCCGGGGGAGAGCCCCCGUGCGCCGCGCCGGCGCCGGCACCGGCGCCGGCUGGCUCUAAGAAGGACAGCAACCGACUUCAAACAAAGAAGCUUAUCCAUAACUGUCAAUUUGACUUGCAGAGUGGGCUCUGCGUUUAGCAGUGCUAGUGCUGGAGCAAAACGAAGAGGUGGUCCUGGAGGGUUAAACAAAGUCUGUGGUGUGUCUCCAGAGCUGCAAGCUAUCGUUGGUGAACCAGCCAUGGCUAGAACUGAGAUUGUUAAGCAGCUUUGGGCGUACAUUCGCAGGAACAAUUUGCAGGAUCCUAACAAUAAGAGAAAGAUUAUAUGCAAUGAUGAGCUCCGAUUAGUUUUUGAGACUGAUAGCACGGACAUGUUCCAGAUGAAUAAGCUUCUAUCUAAGCAUAUACGUCCUCUGGAGAGUAAAAAUGAUUCGAAACGAGAAGCAAAGAAAUUGAAGCCAGAGGGUGGUGAACCAAUUCCUUCGGUUGAAACUGAUUUUAACCAACUUCCCCUUAUGGUUUCUGAUGCUCUUGCUACCUUUUUUGGUACGGGAGAAAGAGAAACGGUCCAUUCUGAGGCUGUUAAGCGUGUCUGGGAUCACAUUAAAAGCAAUAAUUUAGAGGAUCCAGAGAAUCCUACAGUGAUACUAUGCGACUCGAAACUUAAACAACUCUUUGGAUGUGAUAGUCUUACUGCUCAUGGUGUCUCUGAGUUGCUUUCAGACCACCUUUACAAGCAAUCUACCAAGAUCUGA